UUAAAAUCUUAUUAACUGAAGCUCGUCCUGAACUUUCUCCCCCCGUCGAGGAGGCUGAAGUGGUUCAGUCCAUGAUAGCGGAAGUGCUGACAGCGGACUGGAGAGAGUGCAAGUAAAGUUCCAGACUCUCGGUCGAGUUUGUGUUGAUUUGUGUGAGACGACAGCAGAAGCGCCAGAGAGAGACUCCGAGAUGCGGCGAAAGCAGAAGAGACUGCUGCAGAUCGCGCUGCUGCUGCUGCUGGUCUUUCUGUUCCUGCCGAGCGUCGGCUUGUGGUCCGCGUCUCUGGAGCGAAUGUUUGACAGCUCUGCGGACGCCGCCGCUCUCUCGCGCGCACAGAAAAUGAACAAGGUGCAGAAUGAGGGCGUUCGGAGGAAGGACUGGCAUGACCAUGCCCUUAUUAAGAGCGAAGCGGCACGUUCAGGUGUCGGCGAGCAGGGCAGGCCGUAUCCGCUGACCGACUCGGACCGUGUGGACCAGGCCUACAGGGAGAACGGAUUCAACAUAUACGUCAGCAAUCGCAUCGCCCUCAACAGAUCCCUGCCUGACAUCAGACACCCGAACUGUAAGACGAAGCUGUAUGCAGAAGAUCUUCCCAACACCAGCAUCAUCAUCCCCUUCCAUAACGAGGGCUGGUCGUCUCUGCUGCGCACCGUUCACAGCGUCCUCAACCGCUCGCCUGCGCAGCUCAUCGCCGAGAUCAUCCUCGUGGACGACUUCAGCGACAAAGAGCAUCUGAAGGCUCCUCUGGAGGAGUACAUGGUGCGGCUGCCGAAGGUUCGAAUCCUGCGCACAAAGAAGCGUGAGGGUCUGAUCCGGACCAGACUGCUGGGCGCCGCGGCUGCGAAGGGUCAGGUCAUCACGUUCCUCGACUCACACUGCGAGGCCAACGUCAACUGGCUGCCGCCGUUACUGGAUCGCAUCGCUGAGAACCGGAAGACGAUCGUGUGUCCGAUGAUCGAUGUGAUCGACCACGAUAACUUCGGCUACGAGACGCAGGCCGGCGAUGCGAUGCGAGGGGCUUUCGAUUGGGAGAUGUACUACAAACGCAUCCCUAUCCCAGAUCAGCUGCAGAAACCAGACCCCAGCGACCCGUUUGAGUCUCCUGUGAUGGCAGGCGGUCUCUUCGCUGUGGACAGGAAGUGGUUCUGGGAGCUGGGAGGAUAUGACAUGGGUCUAGAGAUCUGGGGAGGAGAGCAGUACGAGAUCUCCUUCAAGGUGUGGAUGUGUGGCGGCCGAAUGGAGGACAUUCCCUGCUCACGCGUGGGUCACAUCUACAGGAAAUACGUUCCCUAUAAAGUGCCAGGUGGAGUGAGCCUCGCCAGGAAUUUGAAGCGUGUGGCUGAGGUGUGGAUGGAUGAGUAUGCAGAGUUUAUCUACCAGCGGCGGCCAGAGUACAGGCACCUGUCUGCUGGAGAUGUGUCCACGCAGAAGGAGUGGAGGAGCCGGCUGAACUGCAGGAGCUUCAAGUGGUUCAUGAGGGAAGUGGCAUGGGAUCUGCCCAAACACUAUCCUCCGGUGGAGCCUCCGGCCGCUGCGUGGGGAGAGCUGCGUAACAGCGCCUCGGGUCUGUGCAUAGAGAGCAAACACUUGUCCUCGGGUUCCCCGAUCCGUUUGGAGAAAUGCCUGAAGGGACGAGGCGAGUCGACCUGGAGUCAUGGUCAGGUCUUUACAUUUGGUUGGAGAGAAGACAUACGGGUGGGAGACCCGUUGCACACUAAGAAGGUCUGCUUUGACGCCGUGUCACACAACAGCCCUGUGACUCUCUAUGACUGCCACGGGAUGAAGGGGAACCAGCUGUGGGCCUAUAGGAAGGAUAAGAGCCUCUAUCACCCCAUCAGUAACAGCUGCAUAGACUCUGAUGCUGCACAGAAGCGGAUCUUCAUGAACUCCUGUGAUCCCUCGUCUCUCAGCCAGCGGUGGCUCUUCCAGAACAUCAACGCCACGGUCUUAGACUCCUUCAACAGCAAUCACAAUGUGUAAUGCUGCCAAUAUGAGCAUGAGAAUCCACCGAGAGAGUGCGAGAGCUUCGUGAUCAUGGAAGUGACACUGCUCUCUGUGCCUUUACUGAACUG